AUGAUUUUUAAAGACCGCGAGGUUCGGUACGAAUUUUUCACUCGUCUUUGGGUUUAUGUCUCGAAAACGGUGAAUCGAAGGCAAAUAUUCCUUGACAUUUUGAGUAACUUCACUAAUAACACCCAAGAGUUUAAGGGCAUGUUGGAGGAGAAGUUAGCUGAUAAAAUAAAAGAAUAUUUAGAGGGCGGAAAGUACUUCAUUGUAGUCGACGAUGUGUGGACGGAGGACGAUUGGAAGAGCUUACAAAUUGCUUUUCCCAACAAUAAGAAAGGCAGCAGGGUCUUGUUAACCACGCGCCUCCACAAUGUGGCUUCUCAUGGUCACCAACUAAAAUUUUUGAGCAGUGGCGGAAGUUGGGAGUUAUUAGAGAAGAAGGUUUUCCGACAAGAAAGAUGCCCUCCUUCGCUAGAGGACACCGGAAAAAGCAUAGCCCGGAAGUGCAACGGAUUACCCCUCGCGGUGGUGGUGAUAGCCGGGGUCCUAAACAAGGACAGCACAGCUAAAGAGUGGAAAAGAAUAGCUGAAGAUCCCUUCCCCAUCAUCAACAAAGAGCACCAGAGCUACAAUAAGCUAGUAAGGCUAAGUUAUGAUCAUUUACAGCCUUAUGACUUGCAAGAUUGCUUCUUAUACCUUGCAGAUUUCCCUACUGGUCAUGAGAUUGCUGCUUGGAAACUGAUUCGUCUGUGGAUAUCCGAAGGCUUCAUCACCCUAAUCGACGGUGGAAACAGCUCGGAAUUGGAGGUUACUGCCGAGAAAUAUUUGAAAGAACUCGUGGACAGAAACCUCCUAAUGGUGUUGAAAAGAAGAACAGACGGUCAAAUCAAAACAUGUCGGAUUCAUGACACCUUACACGAGUUCUGCAAAACUGAAGCAGCAAAUAAGAAUCUGUUCCAUGAAAUGAAUGGAGCUCGAUUUGAGCUAAACGAGACGCCCCGUCGCCUUUGUGUCCACUCCUCUAUUAUAGAGUUCCUUAGAUCAGAAACCAAGCCAUUUAGUGAACAUGUCCACUCUUUCUUAUCAUCUUGCUCCAAUGAAAUAGAGAUCCCAACUGAGCACUUAGCAGUCAUCCCAAAAUCCUUCCCUCUCCUUAGAGUGAUGGAUGUUGAGUCCCUUAAGUUCAAGUUACUGCCCAGACAGCUCUAUGAGCUCUCCCAUUUGAGGUACCUCGCGGUCUCCACUGAGACUUUUGCGAUGCGAGUAACAUUGUCUUCAAACAGCUGCGAUAUUUGGGGAUUGGAAGGACUAAUUUAUUAG